UUUUUUCUUAAUUUUGAGCCGUAUAGAAUAACUUUAAAUAUUUGCAGAUUAUGUCUGGGUUUGGAUUUGUUCAUAUAAACGACUUAUGUUUCUGCAUGAUUCAUUUGACACAGCCUGACAUCGAAGUGUGUUUGAAACAAGCAUGUAAUUCCGCUUGGAAUCUCAUCAGACCGGUUUAAGUUCACUCUAUCUGGGAGAAAGAGCGCUGAGUGAGGAGGGAGGGACAGAUCAGUCAACCAAAACCAAACCACAUGUAAGCUUUUCGAUCAUACCUGUACAGCUGGAUAUCCUACAACAAGACGACACUAGGACAAGAGACCAACGGAUAAAGAAAAAAAAAAGUCUUAACAGAGGUUUGUAUUUCCAGAACCCACCCUGCUCCAGAGGACUAAAGGAAGGAAUAUGCUACUGAAGCAGACAGAUCUGUUACACAACAUGUGCACACUUUAACCAGAAGUGCCUCAUUCCAGUGUGAAACUGCUGAUUAAAGCUCUGCACAGCCAUGCCAUUCUCAAGAAGCUUCCUGUCUGAAGAUCAGCUGCUGUGCUCCAUCUGCUUAGACGUGUUUGACAAUCCAGUGUCCACGCCAUGUGGCCACAGCUUCUGCAUGAACUGCAUCGGACACUAUUUUGACUCAGUGAAGCACUGCCAGUGCCCUCUCUGCAAGCAGACCUUCAAGAGAAAGCCCGAUCUCCACAUUAAUCGAACUCUCCGCGAGAUCACCGAACAGUUCAAGCGCAUGAAGGAAACCCCGGGGGCCUCUGGAGGGGACGGCUCAGGCAGAGAUGCUGAGGAAGGCGUAAGAAAACAAGACUCAGUGGAUGGGACACUAAAGCCAGGCCAACCUCCAGGUUAUCUUCUUGAGGAAAUGAAGAGGAGACUCACACGGCACAGGGCACACAGCAUUUCUCCGGCCUCUCACAAUGAAACAGGGUCUGAACUACCUGUCACACCAAACACUGUGUGUACUAGUGACACCCAGCCAGCUGGUUUUGCCAGACAGUUGUCCCAGCGAAGGUACACCCUGAGUGGGGCGGCAGAUGCCAUGAAAGUGCCUCUUUGUCCAAAACAUCACCGUAGCCUGGAGCUGUUCUGUCGAUCUGAUCUGGAGUGUGUUUGUGCUGAGUGUGGACAAACUGAACACCAGUCACAUGAAAUCACAAGUGCUGAGAAAGAGUGGCAGAGUCAUAAGAUGAAGAUUGGUAUCACAGAGACUGAGAUACAGGAGAUGACCAAAGAGAGAAUGCAGAAAGUGGACGAGAUCAAACAAUCCCUAGUUAAUAUCAAAGUGUUGUCAGAGCGAGAGGUGCAGCGCAGCAUCCAGCUGUUCGGAGCUUUGAUAAGCUCCCUCGAGCGCAGUCAGGCCGGGCUGCUGGAGGUGACUGAGAUCAACCGUCGCUCAGCAGAGCACCAGGCUGAGCUCAUGAUCAGAGAGCUGGAGCAGGAGAUCACAGAGCUGAGGAGGAGAAGCACAGCGCUGGCUAAACUGGCCAAGACUGAAAACUACAUCACUGGACUGAAGGGCUACUCUGACGUCAACACUCCCAACUCAAUGAAGGACUGGACGGGCGCCUCACUGACCUUUGACCUUGGAACGACAGCAGUUUACAGCUCUGUCUGUCAGCUACUGGAACAGUUUAAAGAGGAGCUUCAGAAAGUUCCUGCACUCUGUCGCCCUGUGUCUGCUAACCAAUCACCGGUGAAGUCACACCCAAAAGUGAGGAGAAUACAGGAAUAUGCAGUGGAUGUGACCCUGGACACCAACACUGCUCAUCCUCGUCUAAUCCUAUCUGAAGACAAGAAGAAGGUGUGGUGUGGUGAAAGGCACCAGCAAGUUCCCAACAACCAUGAGCGCUUCGACCGUGUGGUCUGUGUCCUGGGCUGCGAGGGAUUCACCAGCGGCCGACACUACUGGGAGGUGGAGGUGGAUGGAAAGACGGACUGGGAUCUGGGAGUGGCGAGUCAUUCCUGCAACAGGAAGGGUAAGAUCACAGUCAGCCCCAGCAACGGCUACUGGUUUCUUAGCUUGCGGGACAAGAACAACUAUGCCUUCAGGACUGAGCCUUCCACUGCCUUAACCCUCAACCUCAGACCUCAGAAGAUAGGGCUGUUUGUGGACUACGAAAAAGGCCAAGUGUCCUUUUAUAAUGUGGACGCAAAGAUGCACAUUUACACAUUUAUGGACAACUUUUCAGAGACCAUUUAUCCAUUUUUCAGUCCCUGUACCAAUAAAACAGGCAAAAAUGAUGCUCCGCUGAAGAUCACACCUGUGCUUAUGGAUUGAACAGUGAAAUGUAAACUUUUUCUGAUUGCAAAUGUUGUUUACGUUCCCUUUUUUUUUUUUUUUUUUUUGUACUUGCAGUAAAUGAUUUAUCUGCUGCCACAUUAGUACUUCAUUUUCACCGAUAACAUAAAGAGUUUGGAUCACUUGGAUGACCGUACUUCCAGGAUUUAGCUUUUAGCUCGUACAUUAUAUGUACAAUGCAUGCAUGCUACAGGUUAAUGCAUGCUACUUUCAGUCAUUACCCUUCAGAAAAUAUGAAAACAAUAAGAAAACAAAGCCAAAUCCCAAGCAUUUUUAUGCAAUUUAGAAAUCCUGGCCAGGGCAUGUCUUAAAUGUCUUAAUCUUCCCUUCAGGAAGGAAAGACUCAAAUAAUACAGUAGACUAUACGUUUCUUAAACAAGAAUGCACCGCAAUCCACUAUAACAAUUAAUAGCCUUUACUUUGCAGGCAUUAAAGAGAAAAUGAAUACUUUAAUUCAAAGAUGAAUGUUAUUCAGUUGUGUUGUUUUGUUUGUCAAUUUUCUUUCUUCCACUGUUGCAGGCCUAUACAGUUCAUUUGGCCCGCUCUGAAAUGUAGCCUAGUUCUCACACACUGCACUUUAAAGUUUCUGUUACGAUGAGUGUACUUGAACACGAUGAAAUAAACAUUAUGGUGUCAGAUGGCAA